GGGCGGCCACAAUGCGCGCAGCGGGCCGCGGUGAGUAGGCGGCGGCCGGGCCGGGCGGGCCACGCGGGCGGCGCUGCUGCUCGGGCAGGUCCGGGCGGGCGAGGAGCGGAGGCCGGGCCCGGGCCCGCCCGCUCCGAGCCGGGACACCACGCCCGCCCGCCCCGCCCCGCCGGAGGGCGCCCCGAGCCCUGAGCCGCGCGGCGCAGGGCCGCAGCCGGAAACCAGCCCCGCGCGGAGACCGGGACUCGCACCCCGAGCCGCAGCCGGAAACUCGCCAUGGCCGGGCCGCGGGGCGCGCUGCUGGCCUGGUGCCGCCGCCAGUGCGAGGGCUACGGCGGCGUGGAGAUCCGCGACCUGAGCAGCUCCUUCCGGGACGGCCUGGCUUUCUGCGCCAUCCUGCACCGGCACCGGCCAGACCUGCUAGAUUUUGAUUCCCUUUCCAAGGACAAUGUCUUUGAGAAUAACCGUCUGGCCUUUGAAGUGGCUGAAAAGGAGCUGGGGAUCCCCGCCCUGCUGGACCCCAACGACAUGGUCUCCAUGAGUGUCCCCGACUGCCUCAGCAUCAUGACCUAUGUGUCCCAGUACUACCACCACUUCACCAGCCCCGGCCAAGCCGGCGUCUCACCAUCCAGGAAAGAGCUGACCGCCUCGUCCCCACCGUUGGUGGCACCCUCCCCAGCUGAACCAGGAGAUGAGACUCAGAGCGAGGAGCUGUCUUCAGGUAGCCUGUCGGAGCAGGGUGCCCAGAGGGCCCCCAGCAGCACGUGUGCGGCCUGCCAGCAGCACGUGCACCUGGUGCAGCGGUACCUGGCCGAGGGCAGGCUGUACCACCGCCACUGCUUCCGGUGUCGGCAGUGCUCCGGCACCCUGCUCCCGGGGGCCUACAAGAGUGGGCCGGAGGCGGGAACCUUCGUGUGUGCUGAACGAUGCACCAGGCUGGGCCCAGGGGGACAGGCGGGAGCCAGGCCUGGGCCGCCCUCACAGCCGAAGCCGCAGCAACUGGCAGAAGAGGCCAGGGAUGGCGAGGAAGGCGGUCCCAGCUCCAGUGUGGCUGCGGGACGCAAGGCUGUCCCUGAGGCCCGGCCACAUGUCCCCACCAAGCCCCCGCUUCCGGGGAAACCCCAGGAGCUGAGCAGCCCCGUCUCUGGCCGGCCCACGCCUGCGCCCAGGAAGGCCUCCGACAGCAUGGCCCCGACCCCUCCAACGCCGCGGCCCCGGUCCAGCCUGCAGCAGGAUAGCACGGCAGAGCAGGGUGGCAGCGGUGGCCUUGUGAACGGAAGACUCCAGGAGCCUCCUGUCCCUAAGCCUAGAGGGACACCCAAGCUGUCAGAGAGGACGCCCCCUGCUAGGAAGGACCCCCCGUGGAUAACACUUGUACAGGCAGAGCCUAAGAAGAAGCCAGCCCCGCUGCCCCCCGGCAGCCCCAGGCCACCAAGCCGGGGCAGCAGGCAGGAAGAAAAUGGCACCGUGGAAGAGGUGACCCCACGCGGCCCUGCAGCUGGCUCAGAGCCCAGGACCUACAACCCCUUCGAGGAUGAGGAGGAGGUGGAGGAACCAUCCCCAGCGGCACCCAGCCCAGCCCCUAGUCCUGCCCAGGCACCCUCAGAGUGCACCCCCAAGUCCCUACACCCCUGGUACGGCAUCACACCCACCAGCAGCCCCAAGACGAAGAAGCGCCCUGCUCCCCGUGCGCCCAGCGCGUCCCCGCUCGCGCUCCACGCCUCCCGCCUCUCGCACUCGGAACCCCCCUCGGCCACGCCGUCGCCCGCCCUCAGUGUAGAGAGCCUGGCAUCUGAGAGCUGCAGCCAGAUGGCAGCCGGGGAGCUUCUGGAGCCACCAGCUGUGCCCAAGAGCUCCUCGGAGCCUGCUGUCCAUGCCCCUGGCACCCCUGGGAACUCGGCCAGCCUCUCUGCCCACUCCUCCCUAUCCUCAUCUGGGGAACUGGUGCAGCCCAGCGUGGAGCAGACACCCCAGGCCAGGACGAGGGGCAGCCCAGGCCCCCAGCCAGCCAAGCCCUGCAGUGGCGCUGCCGCCACACCUCUCCUGGUUGGCGACAGGAGCCCUGCACCGUCCCCUGGAAGCUCGUCCCCACAGCUGCAGGUAAAGUCUUCCUGCAAGGAGAAUCCUUUUAACCGGAAGCCAUCGCCUGCAGCGUCUCCAACUGCCAAGAAGGCCACCAAGGGACCCAAGCCAGCGAGGCCACCCGCCCCAGGACAUGGCUUUCCGCUUAUCAAACGCAAGGUCCAGGCGGACCAGUACGUCCCCGAGGAGGACAUCUACGGAGAGAUGGAUGCCAUCGAGCGCCAGCUGGAUGCGCUGGAGCACCGUGGGGUCCUGCUGGAAGAGAAGCUGCGAGGCGGGGCCAGUGAGGGCCGCGAGGACGCCAUGCUGGUGGACUGGUUCAAGCUCAUCCAUGAGAAGCACCUGCUGGUGCGGCGCGAGUCCGAGCUUAUCUACAUCUUCAAGCAGCAGAACCUGGAGCAGCGCCAGGCAGACGUGGAAUACGAGCUCCGGUGCCUUCUCAACAAGCCGGAAAAAGACUGGACAGAAGAGGACAAGAGCCGGGAGAAGGUGCUGCUGCAGGAGCUCAUGACCCUCAUCGAGCAGCGCAAUGCCAUCGUAAACUGCCUGGACGAGGACCGGCAGAGGGAGGAAGAGGAAGACAAGAUGCUGGAAGCCAUGAUCAAAAGGAAGGAGUUCCAGAAGGAGGCUGAAUCCGAGGGCAAGAAAAAGGGGAAAUUCAAGACCAUAAAAGUGCUGAAGAUGUUGGGAAAUAAGUGUGACACCAAGAGCAAGUCCCCGGGCGACAAGAGCUGACAGUGAGAGGCCGCCGGGAGCCCCUUCUGGGUCCUCACGGGUCAGGGAGCACCGUGCUGCCCUCCGAUCAGCCGAGGCCUGAGACCACUGAAGGGCGGGGAGCCUCUGGGUGGCCUCUCCCAUCUCAGGGUCCCCGGCUGCUCUGCACCAAAGAGUUGCCUUCCCUCUUCCCUGCACCCAGACAGCGGGGACUCGGCCUGCAGUUGAGUCUGACGUCUCCAGAUGCCUUGAGGGACCCAACGAGCAGCCGGGGACCAGGGGCCAGGGAGGGUGGUGGCGGACCCCGUGCACUGCUCGUCCCGCCCUGCCCAGCCCAGCCUCAGGCCUGGCGGGGAAGCUGCUUUGGCGGCUCUCCAACCGACCACACUGGACAGGACUGUGUGACACCCAGUGUCCUUUGUAGGCCUCCGGGCUGCUGCUCCUCGAGGUUGGCCAGCAGCAGGGCUGCCCAAUCAGCUUCCUCCUGCCCAGCCAGGACCUUGAGUCUCUGCCUCCUGGCCAGUGCAGGCGCCCUGAAUCUCACGCCCCCUUCGCUCAGACGCUCUAUUUAUGAAGUCUCCAGUUGAGUCUGAGCUGGUUACUGAGUGGUCUAUGCUGUGUCAGAUGUGAGUGGACCCCAUGGGCAAACUCACUGCCUUUGUCUCCCUGAGUUCCAGGGCUCCGUCUCCCCUCUUCCACGGGAAGCCUUACUUCCCACCUCACAGGGCCCUGAUGGCUGUGCCAGGGCUGGGGGGUGCCCCUGCUUGCUGCCCCAGUGCUGCGUCCUCAGCAAAGGGCCUUGGGGGGCAGCCCCAGUCGGAGCUCUGGUCCCAGUCCUCAGCCUAGGGAGCUGCGCUUUGGGUAGGUGCUAAGUCUGGUUCUUUAGUAAUUCUGACCCCUUUAGGCUUUCCACCCCCUGCCACACUUGGGGGUCCGGCCCAUUUCCGUUUGUGGUCAUUGCUACUCUGUCUUCUGUUGUCUGUUCUCUCCUGGCUCCUUCCCAUCAGAGGACUGAUGGCCACCAACCUACGGCGUGGCUGUGGAAGAGGACAAUGACAGGGACACCACUUUUGUCCAGGGAAUGUGCCCGGCAGCUCUUGGUCAAAGCACUGUUCCAUAAACUCUAUCUGGGCACUGUGAGCCCCUCCCCCACACACUCGGGGAAGCCAUGGCACUGUGUUAAUUCCCAGCUGCUCCUCGACAACAAUACACGGAGACUCGCCCCAGGGUUCCCGGGCCCCAGCUGUGCCUACUGGCCAGGUAUCUCUGUUCCUCAGUGGGGUCUGGGCCAUGGUGGGGUCAGUGUCCACCUUGCAAGGGUGGUCACUGCUCUCAGCUAAGUCAUUGGUCACUUGGAAUCAAUGUAAAGCCAGGGGUUCUGGACUGGUUCUGUUUUUCAAAAGAGACGUUUGCGUGUAAUUUGUAAAUGUUAACCCCUACUCUGAAUUUGGCCUGGGGCUCUCCAGUUUGCUACUUCUGGAUCUUACAAAUGGACUCUGGAGGGCGCGUCCUGUCCCAUUCCUGCCUUGGUCCUCAGGUCCCUGAGGGACCGUGACACAGGCCUCCCGUGGAUGUUCCUGAGCCAGCCCUGCUCUAUUGGCUGCUGCCUGCACGGCCGUGUUUAUUCUAUAAACCAAAACACGCAGUGCAGGACCUGGCGGACCCACAUGCCUGCAUCCCAGGGCAUCCCUGAGCUGGUAGGGUCAGUUGACACUUGCAAAAUAUUUUGAUUUAUGGGGACAGGAGAAAUGACAGCUUACCAGAGAGGUUGGGAGGAUGGGAACAGGGGGCCUGAUGUAGGAGGGGUGGGGCCAGGGCACUGCACAGCUUACGUGGGGACCUCACAGAUGUACAGACCACGGCUGAGGUUCUGUGUUGUGUUCAGGGUCGCAGAAUGCAUGCUGGAGCUGGACCUGCAAAGCCAGGGCCCCUUUAACCUGGGUCCUGGGUCCCCACUCUGCUUCACCCAGGGGACUGCAUACAGCAGGAGACAGAGCGCUAACUUGAGGCUUGGAGGCUGCUUGCUGUUUAAAAGCCCUUGGGCUCAGUAUCUGGAGCGCCUGCCUUGUCAGGCCUGCUGAGCUACUUAGCUGGCUCGGCACUUCCUGUAGCAAGCGCCAAGGCGUACUUACAGGUGACCCUUCCCGCUGCCUCUUCAGUGUGCAGAGGGGGGGCUGCAGACCACCUGAGCCCCACAAUCUACACAUGCUCUCAGCCAAGAGGCAGAGAAGUGAUUGUACGCCACAAAUGCUAGCUCACUGAGCAAGUAAGUGUUAUUCCUCUGAAAACGAGGUAGUGCACAGAAUGACCCGAGUUAAAUAUGUUUCAUUGGCCAAUUAAUUGGUGUGGUUAAAUGUUCGCCCGGGGUUCUAAGAAGCAGAAUACACGGACGGUGGGGAGAAGGCAUCUUCAGGCUUGAGUUCAACAUUGAAAGGAGUGGGGCACACAGAGGCUGGAGGUGGUAGAGAGCGAGCCUGGGUGCCUGGCCACAAGUGUCCAUGGUGCUGAGACCUGUCUUGCUGUCACUGAGAAAAGACUCGAGUCUGUGUGGCUGGGUGGCUCCCCGGCUCCAGCAGUGGCCCCAGCAUUCCAGGUGGCAUCCAGGGAGGGCCCUGCCUGCCACACACUGUCACAGGCAGGGAGUACAGGUGAACUGCCCUGCUCCAUCUCUGGCUGGCUAGGAGGUGACCAGGGCCUUUCUAAGUUCCUCGCUCCUCUUGCGGUCAAUGUCUUCCAUUUCCCGUAUUUUCUGCAAAGGAGUCAGGGAAAGCCAGUGUCGGAUGGGCACUGACGGAGCCACCAUGAUGGGGCCAGAGCUUGAGACCCCCGCCCCCUGUGGCUUUAGCCACAGUGCUCCACGCUGGCGUCCGGCCCACCCCUUCCCCUCGUCGCUGUGGGCGCUCCUACCUGGGAGAUCUCGGUGAGGAUGAUCCCGUGGUACUGCCUGCCCUGUCCCAGGGCCUCCAUGGCAGCCAGGAAUUCCUUCCUCUCCUGGAUCUCCCUCACCACUGGACAGAGGAGGAAGGACAUGAGUGCAGGGACUUGGGGGGCAGGGGGUUGCUUCUCUUAGGGAGAGACUGGGGUUCUGCACCAGAAACUGUUUUUUGUUGGCCCCACCCAGUUCCACACACACACUCCCCCACAGGGCUCACGUUCUUCAAACCGGUCCAGCACGGGGGCUGGCUGCUCCUCCUGCACAGCGGGGCCUUUUCUCUUCUGUUCCUUUGGGUCCUUCCCAGUGGCGAAGAUAUUUUGGAGUCUUUGUUUUUCCUUCUCCAGGUCUCCUGCAGGACCCAGAAAUGGCCUUGUUAGGCUAGAAGGGCGCCUGCAUCUCUGUGUUUCCAGCCAGGCGUGCUACGGGGUUUCUGUGUCACAGGGAGAGGGCUUAGCAGCUUCACCCCUGAGCACCUACGCUUGUGUGUCAGGGCGAAGGGGAGCAGCAGAAGCGAGGAAGGAGACCGCUGGAACCCAUGCAUGCACAGCUUUGGUGCAGGCUGAGGCUAAGAAGUCCAGGGUCCUGGGGGCUCAGUGGUGGCACCUGUGUGCUGGGCACUGUGGGGACCUCUCGGGAGGGUCUGGCUGAGUCAUGGCACAUGUGAGGGAGGAGGUGGGAAGGGGCCUCCGUGAAGUGGGCUGGCACACAGAGGAGCGUGACUCCAGGGACCAGCAGCGGGUGAGAGGAGCAGCAGUGACACCUGACUUGGCUUAGUGGCAUCCAGUUACUGACAGUAACAAUAGGGGCCAGCCUCACUGGUUCCCCUGACCGUCCCCAAGCUAAGGGCCCAGGCUCUGAAGCGCACAUGUGGAGGCUGGAGAAUCUGGUCCGAUGCCUGCCCGCCUGCCCUGCGGGCUCUUCCCCAUGACCCUGGAAGACGGGAAGCCACUACCCAGGCCCUGUCACUUACUGGUGGCUUGAGGCUUGAAUUGCUCGCGGGUGUAGGCCCCGUUGGCCUGGCACAGGCUGGCUGGCCGGAGGUGGCAGCGGGUUGUCAGGGUGGGAGGCAGGUAGGUGGCCGAGGCGGGCUGCUUGGCAGGUGAAGCCGUCUGGCUUGAUGUUGGGCUGCACUGCAGGGGCAGCGGGUCUCCCCCUGGGGACAGGUCAGCGGCGAGAGGACCUCACUUUUUUGUUUGUUGGAUACAGAUUCUCGUUAUAUAGUUCAGACUGACCUUGAACUCAUUAUGUAGCCCAGGCUAACCUCAAACUCAUGGCAAUCCUCCUGCCUCAGCCUUCAGGGUGCUGGGAUUACAGAUGUGUGCCAGCACGCCCGGUUCUUUUUUUUUUCCCUCCCUAAAUAAAAGUGAUGCCCGCCUGUUAUAAGUCAAAUGGUGCUGAAGAGCCUUCAUGUGCCCCCCAAGCCUAACCUCUGCGAAGAGCCACGGUGGUUUGGCAGUUUCUCCUUCCUUUGCUAUGAUAAACGUGUUUGGAGAUCCAUGUGUGUGUAUUUUUUAUGUGCACACAAGAUUGAUUUUUCAAAACCCUGGAUCCUAUCAUCUUGUCAAUAACUGACCCUUUUCACUCAAUAAUUUAUCAUGGACAUCUUUCUAGAAAAAUCUGUUUACACAUAACUUAUUUUUAUAGCUUAGAAUGCUUAUAUUAUUUAUUUGCCUGGUGUCCUAGUGUCAGACUUGGGGUGUCUGGGUUUGUCUGUCUGUCUGUCAGUUUCGGUUUGUUUCUCACUCUUCCCAGCAGUGCUGCAGUAAACGCUCUCGUACACCA